AUGAUGUGGACAUCGUUUGCUCUCGUUCUACUGGCAAAUUGUGGCGUCAGUCAGGCAUGGGACGUCACGUCCCCUGAGAACUCCACGUACUACAACCCCAUCUUACCAGGCUGGCAUUCUGAUCCUAGUUGCAUACAUGUCAAAGGCACCUUCUACUGCGCCACAUCAUCUUUCACAGCGUUUCCGGGUCUACCGAUCUAUGCCAGCAAAGACUUGAUCAACUGGAAACAGAUCAAUAAUAUAUGGAACCGCAUGGAGCAGCUUCCUGCCAUCAAUCGAAAGACACAUGAUCAGCAAGAUGGCUUCUUUGCCCCGAAUCUGCGCUACCACGACGGGGAGUUCUUUAUGACUUGCGUCUAUGCUCAAGAUCGAUUAAUAGGCAUUCUUGGUACCGUCUUUAGAACCAAAGAUAUCUUUGGGGAGUGGUCUGUCCCGGUCACCUGGGAUGCGACUCCGAGCCUUGCAAUAGAUCCUGAUCUGUUCUGGGAUGAUGAUGGAAUGGUCUACCUGACCUCAGCUGGCAUCAUACAGCAAACGAUCAACAUCAACACUGGCGCUGUGUCAAAUGCGACCAGCAUCUGGAACGGGACUGGUGCCGCUUUCCCAGAGGGACCACACAUCUACAAGAAGGACGGCUGGUGCUACCUCUUGAUUGCUGAGGGUGGGACACAGCUCGGACAUAGGAUUAGUAUUGCGAGGUCGAAGAAUAUCUCUGGCCCGUACGAGACUACAGGCGCUCGCAAUCCGCUGCUCACAAACUCCAAUACUACAGAAUACUUCCAGACUGUGGGACAUGCGGACCUCUUCCAAGACGACGUCGGCAGUUGGUGGGGAGUGGCGUUGAGCACGAGGAGUUUUGGCGAUACUUUGCAAGUAGUCCCUUCUUUGGCGAACUUGACCGGACAGCAAGGUGGCAGCGACCUCCUUGCUGGAGUCGACGGAGUGUCCUUCGUUGGUCGGCGGCAGAGCCAUACACUCUUCGAUUUCUCUGCGGACUUGAACUUUGCACCGCAGUCAUUCGAAGGAGAAGCCGGCAUCACCGUCUUCUAUACUCAGAUGCAACAUAUUGAUCUUGGAGUGGGUCUUGUCAACGAUACAGCUCCGCAUGAAGGGUCGUGGCAACUUUUGCUACGCUCCACCAACCAAACCUCGACGGUCUCCUUCACGCCCAUACCGGCAGACUGGCCACGGGAUGGAGUGUGUCGCAUAAGACUUCGAGUCCAGAGCGCAAACGACACGACAUACCGCUUCCCUGCAUCGCUAGUCAGUAAUCCUUCCAGUUUGGUCAUUAUGGGCUAUGCUUCCACCGAAGUCGUGACAGCUGAACUCACGAACUCGGGUAGCGGCUCGCUGCUUGGGAUAUACUCAACUUGUAACGGUGCUAAUGGUGACAACCUCACACAGUGCCCAAAUGGUGAAUAUGCGUAUUUCAGCCGAUGGAGGUAUUCUGGUCUUGCGCAGGAAAUUGCUGAUGGAGAGUUCGUGAUCAGUAUGUAG